AUGGCCAUGCACGUGGACCAUGAAACUCUUGAAGAAUAUAAAGAGAAAACAGGUCACGAAAGGCCAACCUCCGCCUUAGAGGAGUACCUGAAACAGAAACAGACCUGGAAAAAUUCGCAUCCAGCCUUUUCUCAAAACUACACCCUUAUGCCCCUGGAGCAAUUACAAAUGGUCCGGAUACAUAGAGCAUGUGCAAGACCUUGCAAUAAAGAAUCCCCAAGGGACAUUGUACUUAAAUUCUAUUACGAAGCCACCAGGGAUGCGGCCCUACAAGCAGCUUGUUUACUUACAAGCAGCUUGUUUACUUACAUUUACAAACUACCUGCAGACAUAUUUGCUGACCUCGCUCCCACCACGCUCCAAAAAAGGAGGCAGAUGAAGGAGGUAGCCCAAAUUCUGCAAAAAGCAAAGAUCAAAUACAGAUGGGGCUUCCCUUUCAUGCUUCACUGUAUCAUUAACAACAGGUACUACACCUUUAAAACAGCAGAUACAGCUCUCCUAGCCCUAGGAAAAGAAGACCUCACUGCACCAUUGCUAGCGACAUCGACCACUAACAGCCCGAGACCACACAGCGAAUGGCAAGUCACCAAGGCAGAAAUAAACUGUUUAAACUCCAAAUAUUACAAUGACACAUUGAAUCAAUGGUGCUGUAAUUGCAACCAAGAUUUUGUGAAGCGCUAUCCAUGUGUUACAGAUGAAAGGAGACAUUGCAUGAAGCCAUGUUCCAAGGGGUAUUAUAUUAAUUGGGAAGAAGCUAUACCUCAAUGUGCAGCUUGUGUAACAUGCUCUAAAGAUCAUGAUCUUAUCGAAAAGCAAAAAUGCUCCUUACAAAGUGCAGCAAUUUGUGAGUGUCAGCCUGGAUUUUAUUGUACUCUGCCCUCAAUUAACACUUGUGCCAGAUGCCGCCCUCAUCUGAAAUGCAAACCUGGAUUUGGUGUCAAGAAGAAAGGUACGGCAAAAAGUGACACAGAAUGUGAAGAGUGCCCUAAUGGUACUUACUCAAACAUUUCUUCAGCAAAAGAAGGGUGCAUACCUCACACAGAAUCAGCAACUCAGAUUGUUCAUAAGCAAAGAGAAGCUACUGAAACACUGCUGUCUCUCAACUUCAGUCCAUCGACAGAAGCAGCAAGUAAAAAUCCAUCAACGGUUCCACAUCCUGGAAACACCGUAUCAAACCCAGUAAAAAUGCAGAUUACUACUGAGCCACUGGUUACAACUAAGAAAUUAGAUACAGAGAUACCUGUCUACGUGGUGGCUGCCAUUAUAUGCAGUACAAUCUUGGUUAUAUACUUCUUAUUUCUCUGGAAGCAAGUGUUAUGUAAAGGGGAACAGUGUUUGUUAAACAAGAAUGGACUUGCCUCAUGCAGCUUCUGCUUUGGUAAGAUGACCACCUUUUUUAACCACAUUGAAGAGAGCAAGGAAACUAUGUUUUUUGGCAAAGAAAAUGAAUCUAAAGUACAAACAUUAGCUCUGGAAAGUAAAUCUUGUUUAAAAGAAGCAUCUGUACCAAUGGAGAAGGAGUGGUUGGUGGAAGAAAAAACUGAUAUGCAAAGCAGUGAUCAGAUGAAUAACAGAAUUGAAAAAAUCUACAUAAUGAAAGCAGAAACAGUUGUUGUGGGGUCCAGACAAAUAUCUGUAUCAACUGAUAGCGAAAGUCAGUCAGCAAACUAUCAAGAUAAUACAAUAUUGGCUUCACAUUACCCUGAGCAGGAAUCCAGCAAAGUUUCACCAAAUGAACUUAUGCUUUCUAUUGAAGAGGAAGGAAAAGCAUUUAUUGACACUGAAGAGGAUACUGUCAAUAUAAGUGUUAAGAGUACUGUUAAUUAAGGGGAAAAAUAUUGUGCCAAUCAGAAGACUAACCUCAGUUGACUGGGCUGGGUUGAAAACCAUAACGCUUUCUACAUAAAAACAUGAAAUUGUUUUUUUACA